UAUAGUGCGACGCACACGCCCCGCUUACUUUUCUCUUUACUGAAGUCGAGCUCACGCGCACGCUAAUGGCGAUGCCUUGGGCGACCGUGGUUUCUUCUCCUCCUGCUCCGGUUCCUCUCUGCCGUGCCUCUCCUUCGGUCUCUUGCAUGAGAAACAGAAACCCUCUGUCAAAGCAGUACGCUUCUCUGUCGUGGUCUUCGUCAAUCGCACUCGUCCCAAUCGCCUCUCAGCAGCUCUGCAGAGGGCCCAAACAAAAGGUUGGUGUUGUUCAGGCUGCAUGGACUCGCAGAUCAAAAAGUGAAGCUGCAAAGAGACCCAAUAGAAAAUCAUGGAAGCAAAGAACAGACAUGUACAUGCGACCUUUCUUGCUAAAUGUUUUUUUCUCCAAGAGAUACAUUCAUGCGAAAGUGAUGCAUAGAGGAACGAGCAAAGUUGUCUCUGUAGCAAGCAGUAAUUCUAAGGAUCUCAGGAAUACUUUGCCAUCUCUUGUUGAUGAUGAUGCUUGUAGGACCAUUGGACAACUGAUUGCUGAAAGAUCAAAGGACGCAGAUGUUUUUGCACUGGCUUAUGAACCCAAGAAAAACGAGAGGAUUGAAGGCAAACUUGCAAUUGUGCUGGAUACCAUAAAAGACAAUGGAAUCAUUUUUGUGUAGACUACCUUUGAGUACUUUAAUGGUGUAGCAACAUAUAUAUAUUUGUUCUUUGUUAACUUUGUCUGAUGUACCAAAACAACUUGCAUCUCUGAACAGAUUAUUUCCCACUUCGGCUUGUGUCAAAUUAUAGAAGAAAGCUGCAUGACAUGUUUGGAUAUCAACAGGAACCCAUGUUUGCAUUCGUCUAUUCCUAGAAUCGAUUCAAAUGUUGCUAGUCAGCUACAAGAUGGCAUGUCCAGUCUAUGUGGUAUGGCUGAUUGCGUCUUUUGAUGUGUUAGAAUUCAACAUUAAUUUGUGAAGCAAAUUGUAUUUACUUAUUUUGUAGAGAUGAAACUUGUUGAAUUAACUAAUGGAAGAUGCAUUGUCUCUUGUUUGUUA